UUGAACAGAGCUGAUGUGAGCGCGACUUGGCGAGCACAUGCCACGUUGGGAGAGAAUCCAAGAAUAAGCAGCGCGAGGAGCAAACCGAACUGGGCGCAGCAGGACACUUUGAUUUAAUGCGCCUGUUUUAAUAUUAAAAAAGAAACAAAAAAAUAACUGAAGUGGGUCUCUACAAACCUUUAAAUCAGAGGAAGCUGACGGAGGACCCAUGAGAGUCGCCAGGAUGAUGCACUUGUUGUCCCUCCUCUUCUGCGCGCUCCUGUGCCAAGUCACAGGUUUGGAAACCAUUUUCGGCUUAUAUGGGGAAAUGGUUGCGAUUCCUUGCAAAACUGAAGCCAAUAUACAGGACGACUUCAUCUUGAUUAAAUGGAUAUAUUACAAGGAUCAGCAGGAGGUCAACCUUCUGGUCAAGAAACAGAAGGAGGAAGCCAAUGUCACUGCCGUUGGUGAAUAUAAGGACAGAGUCAGCAUGGCAGCAAACCUUAGCCUCUUGCUUGCAGAUGCCAAACUGACUGACCAGCGUACCUUCAAAUGCAUGGUUGUGGUUGGCGGAGAUAUUAAACAACAUAUAGUUAACCUGGAAAUCCAGAAGUUGCCUGAAGCUCCCUUUAUAACUGAAAAAGCAGAAGCACUGGAGAUUGGCAAACGCACAAAGCUGGGAACCUGUUUUGCAAAGCACGCUAAUCCAGCUGCCAAAAUCGUUUGGCUGAAGAACAACAAAACUCUUUUGUCUGAUGGAAACCGUAUUUUGAUCAAUGAGACGGUAGUCAAACAACCAGAGACUCAACUGUCGAAUGUGGCGUCCACCCUGCAUUACUCUGCUGAGAAGAAAGACACAUCCGCCCAGUUCAGCUGCAGGGCUGAGCACCCACUUGGUGUUGACCUUGUGUCCCCCCCAGAGACUUUCAGCAUCACUUACUCCACAGAGAACAUUGCUCUUCAGGUUGAAGAUGAGGAUCAGCUUGUAGAGGGAAGCAACAUGACUCUGAAGUGCGUGGCAGAUGGAAACCCUCCUCCUACCAGCUUCUACUUUCUCCUUAAGGGGCAUAUGGUUAAAGUUGAAAACACAAACAUGUACACCAUCCAGGACAUCUCACGUAACAACAGUGGGGAAUACAAAUGCUCUCUAAUUGAUGACCCCUCAAAGGAAGGAUCCAGGAACGUCACAGUCAACUUCCUAGAUGUCAAGUUAAACCUCGAUAAGACAGUCAUCAGAGAAGCAGGUGGUUCUUUAAAUAUAAGUCUGGACAUUGAUUCUUCUGCAAAACCAACUGUCUCCUGGACAAAGGGAGGUGUUAAAUUGAACCAAGGGCCCAAGAACACGAAUCUUGCUUACUCAGACGCUGGUUUCUAUGAGCUGGAGGUGAUGCUUGGUCCCCUCCGCAGAAAGGCAUCUUUUCAUCUGACUGUGCAAGGUGCUCCGGUUAUCAGAAAUCUGCACGAACAGCAUGACAAAGAUGGCAACCGUAAAGUCUUAAUUUGUGAGGCCGAAGGUUCCCCAAAGCCAGCUGUUUCCUGGAACAUCAAUGGCACUUUGAUUGAUGAGAAAUCCUUCGACAAUGGCACAGUAACGCACAAGAUUUCAGUGGUGCCCUCUGCAAAUCUGAGUGUAACUUGUAUAGUGUCCAACUCCUUUGGCAUUGCUACCAAAGUUAUAGAUGUGUCUUCUCUAUUUGAGGAUGUAAAGGUGGAUAAAAGAGAUCCAGCAGGAGACGAUGACAAAACUAAGCUGGUCGUUGGAGUUGUAGUCGGUCUGCUCGUUGCAGCUGUGGUCAUAGGCGUGGCUUACUGGGUGUAUAUGAAGAAAUCCAAGCAAGGAAGCUGGAAAACUGGUGAGAAGGAGAAUGGAUCCUCUGAGGAGGAGAAAAAGUUGGAGGAGAAGGCGGAGGAGAACAGCCAGAAAGCUGAUGUGUAGACAAAACCAUUCCUGAAGGGUGAAGUGAAAGUGAGGACGCAGAACCUUUGCACAUUUCUCUUCACCUUUGUACUGGAAAACAUUAAAAAUCGUGCAUCGGGAUGACGACAGCUUGGGUUUGGUUUCAGGGACACAUUCACAAAAAGCAUAUCCUGACAUCCCUCCCACCUCCACCAUUAAAGAAAAAGAAUGGAUACUGUAUGUGAUAACAUAAGUUUUCUGCACUACUGAUACAUGUGUACACUUGUCUACCAUUAGGAUUCACGUUUGUUAGAAUGGUAUUUUGGAAAAGUAAGAACAUGCAGAUCUUUUUAUUGAAAUUCUUAGUUUAAUGCAAGUGAAGUUUCUCCUUGACCCAUUGCUUUUGUUGCAAGGAUGCUUAGGUCUGCAAUAGUCUGUACUUGAUUCUUUGGUUCUUUGAAAGUCGCGGGAUCCAUGGGAUGUUUUUUCAUUGCUUCUUAGUUUCAUGCCAUCUCAGGCCAGCCACAUCUGCCUUCAGUGUCAGUAUGUAGUUGUAGUAACUCUGUUUGUUUGUGCAUUUAUUUCAAUUUUGUAAAUGUAUUGGAUGAAUUAGUGAUGAACAGAUUUCUGGAAGGGCUUAGAGUACAGUACCUUGAGAAAGUAUUCUUACCCCUUUGAACUUUUCCACAUUUUGUCAGGUUACAAUCAGGGAGCAAGGUGUGUUUAAUUGCAAUUUGGUUUGAUAUAGCAAGAUAAAAUCAUACAUUUCUGAAAUUGAGGCAUGCAUUUGUCUAUCCAUCUUGUAAUCCCUAAAAUGUUGGCCUGUUCUUUUUGAAAUAGCUUAUGCUCAGUCAGAUUGGAUGGAGGGAAAUCAUCAUCUAUAUUUAGAUUUAGUAGUGCCAUUCAAACAAAUACACAUGCAUUGAUCUAAAAUCUAAAAUGCUUCUCUAUCUGUUUAUUGGGAACUGAUUUCUCACCUGUUUUUUUUAGCUCCAUCUUAAGUUUGAUCAGUUUCAGUGUCCUUUCCAAACAGAAACCUCUCUACAGCCUUUUCCCCAGGUUUGCCAUGUUGAAGCAAACUUAAUCUUAAUCUGGGUUGUUUCUCUGAUAAACUAUCUCCUUGUCAAAACUGUCUAUUUAAGUAGGGUGCCAUGACUUAGCAGGUUUGCAGUUAUGCAAAUUACUUAUACUUCUAAGCUUCUGCCUAACUUAACACAACAUUGCUGCUGUGUCUUCUUUUAUCUUUGCGUUUUGUUUGUUAAUGUUCUUAUUUGAAGCUCCGAGGCCCUCACAGAACAGCAGUGUGUUUACAGAGAUUACGUUACAUAUAGACUCCGUUUUCUAAUUAGGGGACUUCUAAGGCAAUGGGUUGUGCUUGAUUUUAUCAGGGGUAUCAGAUCAAAGCGGUUUGAGUAAAUAAUUAACACCAGACAUGGAUGAUUUUUUAUUUGCAGAGGAAUUUAAAAGCAGCUGAACCUACAAAAUACACUGAAGCUUGUCACCUGAUAAAUUUGGAAAUGUUUAAGGGUUUCAAUACUUUUACAGGGCACUGUAUAUUCUUAUAAUUGACAUUAGGUAAAAAUGGCAAUAUUAUUUUCAUGUAAGGCAGGAACUAGGUAAUCUGUCUCAAAGCUGUGUGGUGUUAAUAAACAUGUUUGUUUUUCUUGGUGCAUUACCAGGAGAUGAGAUUUAAUAUUUUUGCCUUUCUUUUCAUUGUCUUACUGUCCAUGAACUGUGCAUCAUUGUAACCACAGCACAACACAAGAAGCUAGAUUACUGGGAGAAUGUACAGCACCACUCAACUGCUGGAUUUAGUUUUGCUGCACAUAUUUGGAUUUAGGUUUCUGGUCAUAAAUCUCUCUUGAACUUUUCUUUCAGCCUGCAGUAAUGAGAGGAUGUUAGUUAGUUAAAUCUUUGAGCCACAUAUUAUCUGUGUGUUCCAUCAGUGUUGAGGAAUGAUUGUUGCUUUAAGUAGCCAUGGGAUCACUUUGUGAAUGAGGACUCGAAGUGGAAAAACUAGCCUUUAUGAUAUGUUUGCCUUCUUUUCAAGAUCUACCUGUAAUUACUUAAGUUUGUGAUGUGCACUAGGGUUCAUGUUUCAAAUUUGUGUAG